UUCUCCGUCCCGCCUCUGGUCAUGGCCUCGCUACGCAACGCCAGCCCCAGGCUGAGGAACUACUUUAAGAAGAACUACAUCCCUCAGGUCUGCGAGGCACUGUUAUGUGGUAUACUUGUUACAUGUCCUGAGGACCCACUGAAAUAUUUAGAGGAAAUGAUCAUGACUAUAAUUGAAAAUGGUCUGCAAAGUAUUCUUUGGGAUAUGUGCAUUGAUCCUUCGAUGAAACCAAAAUUUCAAAGAUUGUCAGAAACUUACCUGGAACAACUUUUUGGACUGGAUGAUCAGCUGAUGACUUCAGAAAUGAUGAUAAAAGCAUGCACCUUUUAUACUGGACACUUAGUAAAGACCCAUUUUUGCACUUGGAGAGACAUAGCAAUACCUCGUGUAAAUGAAAAUGAAAUCCUGACUGAAAAAAUGGAAAGAGCAGCAGCAUUUUACAAUUUCAGACUUCAAAAGUCUCUAUUUCAUCACUGGCACUCCUAUGCAGAAGUCAGGAAAGAGAAACUUAAAAAUAUGUUAUUGCAGAUACAACAGAUAUUCAGUUAUCACAAACUAAAAGUUAUCCUAAUAAAAUGGCGGGAUAAAGCAAGAUAUCAGAAUAAAAAGAGAGAAGAUGAGCUAAUAUUAAAACAUGAACUUCAGCUGAAAAAAUGGAAAAAUAAGGCAAAACUAAGGAAAGCUGCUGAAGAAUCUGGUCUUCAUGAACGAAGUUUUUCUGAAGACUCUCUUAUAGGAGAAACUCAAGAAUUUGACAUUUCAAUGCUACCUGAAAGAGCAAUAUUACAGAUUUUUUUUUACCUCAAUUUAAGAGAUAUGAUAAUAUGUGGUCAAGUUAAUCGUGCCUGGAUGUUGAUGAUGCAAAUAAGCUCAUUGUGGACUGCUAUUGAUCUUUCCACUGUGAAAAAUGUAAUUCCAGAUAAAUAUAUAGUGUCUACUUUGCAAAGAUGGCGUCUAAAUGUGCUGCGCUUGAAUUUUCGUGGUUGUCUUCUCCGAUCAAAAACUUUCAGAUCUGUCAGUCACUGUAGAAACUUGCAAGAGUUGAAUGUCUCUGACUGCCCAACACUCACAGAUGAAUCAAUGAGACACAUUUCUGAGGGCUGUCCAGGGGUCUUGUAUCUCAAUCUGUCUAACACAACUAUCACCAACAGGACGAUGCGACUUCUGCCAAGGCAUUUCCACAAUUUACAGAAUCUUAGUCUGGCUUAUUGCAAAACGUUCACAGACAAAGGCUUACAGUACCUGAACUUGGGGAACGGAUGCCACAAGCUCAUCUAUCUGGACAUCUCCGGCUGCACCCAGAUUUCAGUCCAAGGCUUCAGGAACAUUGCAAGCAGCUGCACUGGAAUUAUGCACCUGAUCAUCAAUGACAUGCCAACUCUGACAGACAACUGUGUAAAAGCUUUGGUUGAAAAGUGCUCCCAUAUUACAUCAGUAGUUUUCAUUGGUGCGCCACAUAUCUCCGAUUGUGCUUUCAAAGCUCUUUCUACUUGUAAACUCCAAAAGAUCCGAUUUGAAGGAAAUAAAAGGAUUACUGAUGCAUGCUUCAAAUUUAUAGACAAGAAUUAUCCAAAUAUCAGUCACGUUUACAUGGCAGACUGUAAAAGAAUAACAGACAAUAGCCUCAGGUCCCUUUCACCUUUGAAGCAACUGACGGUGUUGAAUUUGGCAAAUUGUGUAAGAAUUGGUGAUGUGGGACUAAGGCAAUUUCUUGAUGGUCCUGCAAGCAUAAGGAUAAGAGAACUAAAUUUAAGUAACUGUGUGCACCUGAGUGAUCUCUCUAUUAUGAAACUAUCUGAGCGUUGCCCUAAUUUAAACUACUUGACUUUAAGAAAUUGUGAACAUCUGACUGACCUAGGAAUUGAAUAUAUUGUAAACAUCUUUUCCUUGGAAUCAAUAGAUCUCUCUGGAACAGUCAUCUCUGAUGAGGGUUUGAAUAUGCUUUCCAGACAUAAAAAAUUGAAGCAACUUUCUCUAUCUGAGUGUUAUGGAAUCACUGAUGGAGGAAUUCAAGCGUUCUGCAGAAGCUCAUUGAACUUGGAACACUUGGAUGUCUCUUAUUGCUCCCAGCUGUCAGAUGAGAUUAUUAAGGCACUGGCCAUUUUUUGCACUAGCCUCACUUCUCUCAGCAUUGCUGGCUGUCCAAAGAUGACUGACUCAGCGAUAGAGAUGUUAUCAGCAAAAUGUCAAUACCUGCACAUUUUGGAUAUCUCUGGUUGUAUCCUGCUUACUGACCAAAUCCUUGACGACCUUCAGAUAGGCUGCAAACAACUCCGGAUUCUUAAGAUGCAAUACUGCAGAAAUAUUUCCACGGAGGCAGCUCAAAGAAUGUCGUCUAAAGUUCAGCAGCAGGAAUACAGCUGUAGUGACCCUCCACAUUGGUUUGGCUAUGAUUUUGAAGGCAAGCCUAUUGCAGAGUGUGAUGAUGUAAUACCACCUAAAGACAGCUUAGAAUUGACAAUGAAAGGGACAGCAUACAGUAGUGAAGAGCAUGCAGUAUGACCUUCAGCCUCAAGCAGGAAGAAGAAAAAAAUCUAGAACUCAGCGACUUAUCUUCAUUUGAUGCAAGUAUUUUUACUAGCUGGAUCUCAAUGUAAACAA